AUGGCGCCCAUGUCCAGACCCUCUCUUUCAGGCAGGCCCUCACGGUCCACCCCCAAAUCUUCCAUGAAAGCUUCGCGCAGAAUUGUGGAGUCACCUGAAGAAUCUUCUGUGAGGAGGCGCAGGUAUGUGCCCGGCGGCCCUGGGGGAGGUGGACGGUUCAUCGACAUGAAUGGCAAUGAAGUCGAAGAAUUCGAAGAGAUGAGUCCCCCAAAGAGGAAUAAUGGCACCCCGAGACGAAACUCCACAAGCGCACGAGGUCGCCCCCCGCGCGACAAUCAUUUACACCAUGCCCCACCGCCCAUUGUACCAACAACACCGCCAUCUGUGACGCGUCCGCGACGAGACAAGAGCCAAAAUCGCGGUCGCUUUACCUCAUCAACAGCCGCCGCUCUCGCCUUACAACAGGGCGAUGGAUACAAACCACGAGAGGAGCGGGGUUGGGAGGAGUUUCAUCCAGACUUAGACAUUGAUGGCAGACUUGCUGUUUUUACGGCAGAGGAGGUGGACACGGUUGAUCCUGUUGCCAACCAGCGGACUUUGGAGGCACUGGCCGGUGCCUGGGGCCUUGAUGGCUCGGGCUCACCCAUGCUCCUCUCGCCCGAUAUGCCGUCACCCGUUCCAUUUAAGCGCAGACCGGGGCGCCCCCCACGUCGCCCAGAAGCGAUACUCAAUGCUUUGCUUGCGCAACAGGGACCGAAGGUGAUCCCGCCCCCAGGACCCAAUCCUCGAGAAAAACUCACCCUGCCGAAGCCGUCUUUCCGAUUGCAAGACCCUUUCACCUUUUAUGAGAAGAAGGGCGUUGGCCAACAGAACUACGUUGAUCGAACAAUGGCCAAUGUCGGAUAUCAAGAAAGCGACCUCUUUCUCCGCCACGACCGACGUUUCAUUCGCAUGACAGAAGGCGCGCAAGAAGAUGAUAUGGAUAUCAUUCAACCGGCUGUGUCAGAGGGCGAUGUUAAUGCCACAAGUGGAAGAGUGGAGUACGAUAUGGAUGAACAGGAUGAGAAAUGGUUGGACGAUCAUAACUCUAAGCGUAGAGAUGACCAGCUCGAGCCCAUCAAGCCUGCCAUAUUCGAAAUCACUAUGACCAAGAUCGAAAAGGAAUGGCAUGCGCUUGAGAAGAGGAUUCCCAAACCGAAUCCCAAACCUCCACAAACCCAACGUCCUCGUUCCAGCUCUGCCGCUGCGGUCAAUGGAGAGACUGCGGGACCCGGAGAAGAACAGGAUAGCAAGUGUGCCAUCUGUGAUGAUGGUGACUGUGAAAAUUCCAAUGCGAUUGUCUUCUGCGAUGGCUGUGACCUGGCGGUCCAUCAAGAAUGCUAUGGUGUUCCCUUCAUCCCCGAAGGUCAGUGGCUUUGCCGGAAAUGCCAGUUACUUGGGCGAGGCACUACCAACUGUAUUUUCUGCCCCAACACCGAGGGUGCAUUUAAACAAACCACUUCCUCAAAAUGGGCCCAUUUGCUGUGUUCCAUUUGGAUUCCCGAGGUUUCAAUCGGAAAUCCGUCGCUCAUGGAACCUAUCACAGAUGUUGAAAAGGUACCACGCAGUCGGUGGAAGUUGAUGUGUUACAUUUGCAAACAGAAAAUGGGUGCUUCGAUUCAGUGCAGUAACAAGAGUUGCUUCGUUGCAUUUCAUGUUUCGUGUGCACGCCGAGCACAACUGUACCUGAAGAUGAAGAUUGGCCACGGAUUGAUGGAUUCCCAUCUUCUCAAGGCAUUUUGCGAUAAGCAUGUGCCGCCAGACUGGCGCUUGGAACAUGGCACUGAUGCUGCUACGGCCGAUGCGAUUGAAUACUACCGCAAUACCAUGGAUGGUAAACGGUGGGGAGACAGUCAAGCUGCGGCGCUCUCUAUGGGACCCACGCUUACUGAUGAUGUGGAAGGAGAAAUUACACACACACCUCGUCUUACCUUGACAGUUAGCGGUAAUAAGCGCAAACGUGUACCCAGAACGAUUUGGAAACUACCUUCCGGGGCUCCCGUCAUCCCACAAGUUGUUCUGACUUCUGUCGUGGCAUGCCUUGGCAGGUUUACGGUUCGUGGUCGGAAGCAGUUUGCAGAAGAAGCGUGUAAGUACUGGACACUUAAACGCGAAGCACGUCGUGGAGCUGCCCUGCUCAAGAGACUCCAACUCCAACUCGAGACCUUCUCUUCUAUGGAGAUGACACGACGGGACUACGUAGCGAUGGGUGUUACUGGCCACAAACGGUUGCAGCGUCGCAUGGAGUUUGGCGAACGACUUUACAGAGACCUUGAUAAUCUCAGAAUGCUAUGCGAUGAGGUGAAGAAACGUGAGAGGGAGAAACUGAAAGACGCCGAGAUGCUUCGAAGCAUCGUGGAUAUUGUCUACUUCCCCGUAUUCCCGUUGCUGUGGCCAAUAUUUGAGAAAGCUCAAGUAUUGGACGGAAAGGGGGUCUUUGCGGCAGGACUGUUAUCGAUUCGCAAGCGGCUGGAACGGAGAUUCUAUCCAUCUGUAGCAUCUUUCUCAGCUGAUCUGGCCAGCCUUUUCACCUCAGAGAUCGGUGUAGGCCCCGCUGGCGAUACUGCAGAGCUUCAGGCGCAGAUUAGUGGCCGGGCCCCAGAACUUAGUCUGGAGCAACGAGAAAAGAGAAAGCUGGCUAAACGAAUCAUCAAAUCCAUCCAACCACACCUGGAAGAUGCGAUUCGCAAAGAGAGCGAGUUGAAUCGCAAGCCCUACGAAAAGGAGUUGAAGGAGCUGGAUGCGAUAUUUGAUCAUAGUGUGAUGUCUCGCCGAGGCGAAUCCUUGGAAAUGGAAGGGGACCAUGAUGUUGAUAUGGAUCAGGCCGAUCUCAAGCCUGACGCCAUGGAAGGAGUGGAACAAACUAUUUCCACUACCCCUACUGAGCCUGUGACUGCCGAUGAAGCCGUUUCGACCAAGGAGCUUGAAGCAGAAGAUCCUGCUGCAGAGACUACGGCCGUUGAAGAGGUCAAAUCAAACAUUAACGUUGCCUAUCAUCGCCACCCAACUCCGAUUCUGAGCGAAGAGGAUCAGCAACUGCCUCUGGCCCAGGGUGGCAUCCAGUGGUACAUGGAACCCUUCGAUCCUAUCGGCACCACCGUCCAUGAGGAACGCUGGACUGGCCGAGAUGUGAUGCGCGGGAUGAGUGAGGAGCUAAGCGAACUAGACGAAGACGAGCUCAAAGAUUUGGUGGAUGACGAGCUGGAUCCAACCAUUAAGGCACCUGACACGGGGGCAAACUCCCAGAACCUUCGUCGUACUCGUCGUUUGCGUGGUUAG